UGAACCGCCGGUCGUGUGGGGGAGUCUCCCUGGGCCAACUUCAACGGCCAGGUCUACGAAAUUUGGACAUUAAAGGUAGCGUCCGUUCGGGCUAUGUACCGGAGGAAGGGGCACAACGCAGUGUGAAAGGUCUCUGGUGAACACCGUAUAGCCAUUAUCCUUCGAUUUGUAGGAGGGAGAGAGAGAGAGAGAGAGAGAGAGAGAGAGAGAAAUGGACUUCUGUACUUUGCCGUUAUGGAUUUUCUCUAUUUGGGCAUGUAUCCAUCUUCUCCUCCUCCUAGCAAGAAAGAAAUCUGGCACAGCCAAACUCCCACCAGGUCCCUUUCCUCUUCCAAUCGUUGGAAACCUCUUCCAACUUGGUAACAAACCCAACGAGUCACUCUCUCGACUCGCCAGGUCGUAUGGCCCCCUAAUGACUCUAAGGCUAGGCAGCAUAACAACAGUGGUUGUUUCCUCUGCAACGAUGGCCAAAGAGGUCCUCCAAAAGCAUGACCAUACCUUUGCAGGCCGAAGCGUUGUCGACGCUGCUCGGGUGCUACACCACAAUGAGUCAUCCAUGGUAUGGUUACCGGCGGAGCAGCAGUGGCGGAAGCUCCGAACCAUAUGCAACACUCACAUAUUCGCCACCCAAAGACUCGAUGCGGACCAGGGCCUACGACGCCACAAGGUGAAUGAAAUCAUGGCCCAUGUCGCUGAACAGUGCAUAAAGGGAGAGGCGGUGGAUAUCGGGCAGGCUGCCUUGGUGACCAACCUGAAUUUGAUAUCGAACAUCGUAUUCUCGGUUGAUUUGGUUGAUCCCAACUCCAGUUCAGCACAAGAAUUAAAGAAACUGGUGUCUGAAGCUAUGGAAGAAGCGGGAAGGCCGAAUGUCGCGGACUACUUCCCAUGGCUCAGGGCCAUGGAUCCACAAGGGAUAAGGCGUCGAUCAACAGUCCAUUUGGAAAGAUUGCAUGCAAUCUUUGAUGGAUUGAUUGAGCAGCGUCUACUAGUGUCCAGGUCUUCUUCUAACUCUCAAAGAAGAGCUGAUUUCUUGGAUGUGCUUCUCGACCCCAGCCAUGACAACAGCUUCCAACUUAGCCGCCGCGACAUCCAUGCGUUGCUUGUGGACAUAUUCAUUGCUAGCAGUGACUCAACCUCCUCCAUCGUUGAAUGGGCUAUGGCGGAAUUGCUCCGUAACCCAAACACCAUGGCAAGGGCUCGAUCCGAGCUCAUCCAAACCAUAGGCCGAGGUCGACGAGCAGAAGAAUCAGAUAUCAGCAGACUCCCGUAUCUACAAGCUGUCGUUAAGGAAACGUUGCGGCUUCAUCCAACGGCUCCCCUCCUCAUCCCUCGCAAAGCUGAAUCCGACGUGGAAAUAUGCGGUUUCACUAUACCCAGGAACACACAAGUGCUUGUCAAUGCAUGGGCCAUCAGCAGGGAUCCCCAUGUUUGGGUGGACCCCACUUCUUUCUCUCCUGAGAGGUUCUUGGACUCUCAUGUUGAUUUCAAAGGCCGAAAUUUCGAGCUUAUCCCAUUCGGCACAGGCCGUCGGAUUUGUCCGGGCAUGCCACUAGCCGAUCGUAUGAUCCACUUGACGCUGGCUUCCCUUCUCCAUUCGUUCGACUGGAGGCUUCCUGAUGGAAUGGCCCCACAUGAUUUGGACAUGAGCGAUAAGUUCGGCCUUACUCUGCAGAAAGUGGUCCCUCUUCGUGCUAUCCCCGUGCAAGGAUGAUCAACGUAUUAUUUCGAAAUCGGGCUCCAACGUUGGAUGGGGUGGGGCCCACAUGAAGAUAGGUGCGGAUUAGUUGAGGCAGGGGUAACAGCUUAGUGGGUGAGGCCCUGACUGCAGGGACCACCUAGAUGUAUGUGUUGUACAUCCAUACCGUCUAUCCGUUUUUCCAACUUAUUUUAGAGAGUGCGCCUAAAAAUAAGGUAGAUCCAGAUCUCAGGUCGUCCACGUCAAAGGAAAACAUUGGUGAUUGAAUGAGCACAGUUAAAAGCUCCUUGGGCCUACUGUAAUGUUUAUUUGUCAUCCAACAUGUUGAUGAGGUCACUUGGACCUGGAUGAAGGGAAAAUACAAAUAGCAAUUUGAUCUAAAACUUUCAUAGCUCC